AUGGAGCCAAGGAGCAAUUUUGAAGAUUUGAUAACUUUCAUCAAGAGUUCUCAUAGAGAGCACACAGCCUUGAUUGAUGAGAGAUUGGAGUCAGCCUUCACGAGAUUGAAUGAGAAGUUGGAUUCUAUUUCUUCUUUCACAAGAGACUUGGAUCUUAGAGUUGCCAACAUAGCCAGCUCUAUUAAGAGAGAAGAAGGGUAUGAGCCACCAGCAUACCCAGAUCAAGAGGAAGCAAAGCCGCCAAUCAAGAAGAAACCAAUGGAGUAUGUCAUCAUUGGAGAUGGGACUGAACCACCUAAGGAAGUCCAUGUCAGAAUAGAACCAGGAACUCAGGAGGAAGUGGAGAAGCCACCUGAAGAACCAAGAGUGUAUGAGCCAAAGAUCCCAUACAGAAAUGUUCUUUCUCAACCCAAGAAGGAGAAGGAGCAAGCAAAGCUCAAGGAUCUUGUUAGCCAACUUUCAGUAAGGUUACCUUUCAUUGAUGCUUGCCAAAUAAUUCCAUCUCUCAGGAAGUAUAUGAAGGCCAUACUCACAAGCAAUGUGAGUCUUGAAGAAGGAGCAAUGAUGAUUACAAAGGAGUGUAGUGCCAUACUUCAGAAUCGCAUGCCAGAGAAGCUGAACGACCCAGGAGUUUUGUUUUGUCUUGCAAGAUCGGUUCUACACACUUCCAUAGAGCACUUUGUGAUUUGGGUUCUAGUGUGA